AUGCCUGUUUCUCAGGAGGAAAUUACUUCAUUCACUAGUCGUUGGACUAACCGCAAACUAUACACCCUCAUGUUUGUCGUUUAUACACCGGAUGAAUCAAAUACAGAACGCCCAUUGGUUAUUAACGAUUCAGGAUGUGAAGUUCAUCCUGAAGAAUUGUGCACAAAUGAGAACACGUCCUGGUUACUAUUAGGCUUAAAACAACGUGGUUUUGGCAAAGGCAGAUGGAAUGGUUUUGGUGGUAAAGUUCAAUCGGAUGAUGAAAAUCCUAAAGCUGCUGCACUUCGAGAGUUAGAAGAGGAGUCUGGUUUGGUCAUUGAGGCGUCUGCAGUUGAGGAUGUUGGUCGUUUAUGGUUUACAUUUACAGAAACAACUGAGUGUAUGGAAGUACAUGUAUUUAUUUGUAGAAAAUGGAUGCCUAAACAUUGCGGUGAUACAGUUAACUGGCCAUGUUAUACAGAAGAAAUGCAUCCAUUUUGGUUUCCGUUGACAACCGACAAGGAUACUACAGUAGAUACAAAACACUUACCUUAUAAUCAUAUGUGGCCUGAUGAUAAAAUAUGGCUUCGUUAUAUACUUCAAGGAAAUCUUCUUCUUGGCUGGUUUCAUUUUACUCAAAUUCCCCAUUUGUCUAAUGUAUCCAGUCAAAAUUUGACGGACUGUUCAACGGAGACAAGAGGUCUUCUUAUUGAUCCAUAUGAAGUACCAGCUUAUCACUUGGAUAUAUUUACUGAUAAGAAUGAAAUAGCAUCGAAUGGAGAUAACAACUCCGACCACUCCAAUCUCCAAUGGAUUAUUGACCAGUUGGGUUUAGAUAAAUGUGAUGAGAAGUUGAAAUUAUGGAUGAAUUCGUCAUUAAAUCAAGUAUCUGUUAUGCCUAUGUCUACGUCAUCUAUGCUUAUAAAAACUCUAAGCUAUCCAUUGAAAGACAAUACUAAUUUGAUAGAGAAAUAA